AUGAAGAUCGCUGAGCGGGUGUUUUCGCUGGAGUUCCUGCGCGUGGGCGAUUCAGCCAGGGUCAUCAUCGGGGAAUUUGGCGCAGAGAUCGGUGAAGUAGUCUCGACAGACCAUACAUUUGGUUCUGUCCGUUUGGAAUACAGCAUCGAGGGAGACAAAAUACAAUCAGAAGUUCGACUCCAGGACGUCGAGCGCGUGUUUUGGGUUGGCGAUACUGUCAGAGUCGUAGCGGGUAUAUACUUAGGUUUAGAAGGUCACAUUGUUCAAAUGAUGGACGACAUAUUUCACAUUUGUCAAACCUCUACGAAGGAAGAGGUCAAAGUUUCAAAGUACCAUUUGGAUCGUCGCUCUUUGAAGCACACAUUACAAGCACAGCUGCCAACUCAGCAAUUUUUUGAGCCUCCCCCCGACCCCGAUGAUAUUCAAAUCGGGGAUGUUAUACAAGUCCUUUUCAGAGAGCAUAUAGGGAAAUGCGGUGUCGUAGACUGGUUUCCUUCGGGAGGGACCAUGCUGUGGUUCUGGGAUGUGAAUCCUAUGCUGACCACUGGUGACGAUACAAACUUAGGACCCCCAAGUAUUCAAGUUCCUGCAGUCAUGGUUCAACGGAUGCGCCUCCCCCCAACAAUCAAAUUUACGAAAGACAGGGGUUAUGAUGUCAGACCUGGGGAUGUGGUGAGUGUCGCUCGUGGGCCGGAGUAUGAGGCGACGGGGGUCGUACAAAGUGUCAACGUUCCAGAGGCUUGCUUGACAAUACUGUCCACCCGUGACCACACAAUCACCAACGUACCCAUCAGAUUCGUGAUGAAAUUGCGCAAUGCGAAUGGCUACCGAGCUACACUGUACAAUAUUGGGAGCGAGGAUUGUACCGUUGCAAUACAUGGACAGAAGCGUACGAUACUCAAACGCCCCGAUGUCGUUACCAGUUAUGGCAUGAGGUUAAAUGGUGCAAUACUCGAAGGGAAUGACCUGGUUUCUUUCUUCCCCUCCAGUUCUAUCACAAAUGCCAGCUUGUCGUCCUCUAAUGUCUUGUCCCACUGGACCACCAACCCCGAGGAUAUCGACUUAGUGCUCAACCCCUCCGGGCCAGCAACAGACAAUCGGACCGCUAAUCUCAACUCAUCAGCAUCUGACCCUUGGACUGUUAACGAGGGUGACAUCCAGGACAACAUUGAGGCUAGAGCCAAGAAACAUGGAGACAACGCGGAGACCCGUGGUCUUUUUGGCUCCGUCUUUAAUGACUUUGGUUCAAAAAUUUACUUGUGUGGAUCCUACAGGCGAGCAAGCUCUUACUGGAAUAAUUGUGUCAGUGGAAAAAACAAGGAAUGGCUGGUAACAUGCCUCGAUGAAUCAAGACAAAGUCUUGAAGAUGGCGAUUUUGUCACGUUCACCGAAGUGCAGGACAUGACUGAACUGAAUGGUUGUAAUCCUUGCAAGGUCACAGUGAAGGGACCAGAUACUUUCACCAUCGGUGACACUCCCGACCUAGGAGAGUAUGUUUGA